GGCAUAUGUUGCCUAGUUCGUUUCCACACGCAUUGUUUUGAAAUGCGAAACGCUUGAAGUGAAUCCGGGGGAGAUUCGAAUCAAACAUUUAUUCCUAACUGGUAAAAGUAAUGGCGUCCGUUGGUGGUGGCGGUCUUGGUGUAGGUUUUCGUCGUGAAAAUACAAGUGUCUCAAUGCCGGAUCUUAACUCGACUAUAAAAGCAAACGAGCAUGAAAGACGUGUAGCGGACAAAAGCAUCAACUCUGUGGAAACGCACUUCGACGACUUGGCAACAAAACUACACAUGUAUGCGGUUCGUCUGGGCAAACUUCGCAAUGCCGGUGACGAAUUUCAGAAGGCAGUGACGUUAUAUGCGGACGAAGAGUCGAGCGGUUUAAAGAAUGCGCUUCAUAAUUUUGCCGAGUGCUUCGCGGCCGUGCAAGAUUUGCGACAUCAACAAGUACAGCAAAUAGCCGAGAAAAAUGUCGAAGCGUUCAGCAUAUACAAAACGAAAUGUCGGCAAGCAAAGGGUGAUGUUCGCUCGAAUCUGAGCGCUUUGGACAAGGAAGUGAAAAAAUAUAAAUCUUUGGAACGGUUGAAGACUCGUUCAACUUCAAAUCGUCGAGUUGCGAGGGCACAAACCGAGUAUCAAAAGGCCUCGGACGAGGCCGGAAGAAGCUCGAGAAUUUUACACGAGCAAAUGGAGGAAUUUGAAAGGGCAAAAAUCCGUGAAAUCAAGCAGAUAUUUCGCGAUUUUUUACACAACGAGAUAUAUUUUUUUGCCAAAGGUUUGGAGCUGUAUUCACGUGCUUACGAGGCCCUAGCAACGCUAAAUGACGAGGAAGACAUUGAGGAGUUUCGUGCGUCUAUGUCAUGGCAACCACAGAGUCAUUCCACUCCCGGCUUUUCACGACAUCUCUCCGAACCUGCACUGAACAGACGUGCCAUCCACGACUUCAAUGAAUCCAUGUAGAGCCAAUGCGAUUCUCGUUCAAGAUAGGAACUAAAAUCAAAAGAUUAGUAAUGUAUUGGGAAAGAAUUUUUUGGGGAUUGCUGUGGAUCUUUGUGUCCAUAGUCAUCUAAGAUUUGAUUUAUCACCUGCUUUGUCAAACCGUAGUGUGGAGACCAAGAGCUAUGUAAUAAUUUCUUUCUGAUUGCCUUCACGAAGCUCCAAAGAGUAAUUCAACUGAUAAGAGAUAAUUCAGAACAUCUUUCAUUUACCAUGGGAUAAUGCUCGCAAAGUCACUGCUUGCAAGUGUAUUUUUCAGUGAUUUUCCGGGAACUCGCGCGUGCGCAUAACGUUUUUCGGCUGUGCUACAGAUACGUUCAAGGGUAACGGAUGUUUUGCAAAGACACUCAUCCAGUAAUAACCUCAAAGCGUGUUUCAAAGACUACGACAAUGCUCUAGCAGUCUCACAGCGAACAAACCUCUCAAAGUGAUCACAAACAAAAGCUUCACAACAGAAGUUUAAUGCGAGUAUAAAUUAUGCAAUAGCACACAUAAAUUAUAUAUUUAAUCUUAUGUACGUUUACAUUAAAAAUAACAUUACAUCUUCU